AUGUCGGCCACAGAAGAUCACUACAAGAAGCUGGAGGAAAUUUUGGAUAAGCAUGAAGCUGUUUUCACCUGCGAGCUCGGACGUUUGAAGGAUGUCAAGGUUUGCCUGCCGUUGAAGGAAGAAGUGGUUCUGAAGUUUUGCAAACCGAGGAAGGUUCCGUUAGCUUUCAAGGAGGAAGUUGAAGACGAGUUGGAUCGUUUAGAGCGCACCGGCAUUAUCACCGCAGCAUCCACGGCGGAUGUGGAAUGGGGGAACGCCAUUAUCAACCCGCACUUGAAGGACGACCAUCAUCCUUUACCCAUUAUCGAUGAGAUUUUUGCGGCUUUGCAAGGAGGUAAGCAUUUUUCCAAGUUGGGCCUCAAGAAUGCCUACUAUCAGCUGGAAGUCGACGAAGAGACCAAGAGGCUUUUGGCGUGGAGCACGCACCGAGGCGUGUUUCUUAUGAAUCGUUUGCCCUUUGGAACGAAACCCGCUUGCUCUGUUUUUCAAGCCACCCUGGAGAGAGUACUACAAGGCUGCAGCGGUACGGUCAACUACCUCGAUGACGUGAUGGUGACCGGUCGUACUAUGGAAGAACACCUGCAGAAUUUGGAGCACGUCCUGCAGCGACUUGAAGAGGCUGGGCUUCUGCUGAACAAGGAGAAGCGUGAAUUUUUCAAGGAAGCCGUGGAUUUUCUUGGACAUCGCAUCGACAAAGACGGUUUGCACAAGGAUCCAGGUAAAGUGAAGGCCAUUUUGGAGGUCGAGCCACCGAUGAACACCAAGGAGGUCCGUUCUUUCGUCGGGCUUGUCAACUAUUACGCCAAGUUUGGUCCCAAUUUGGCACAUCAUUUGCAGCCGCUGUACGAACUAUUGAAGGAUGGUGUCGAUUUUUCCUGGAACAAAAAGCGGCAACAAGCUUUCGAAAAAGCUAAGAAACUGAUCGCAGGGGACACUGUGCUGGCACAUUACUAUCGCAAUAUACCUGUGAAGCUCUACUGCAAUGCGUCGAAUGCUGGUAUCGGUGCUGUCAUUACACACGUUUUUCCGGACAAGAGCGAGCGACCGAUUUCGUUUGCGUCAAGAGUCUACAAGAAGCACGAAGGUAACUAUUCAGCGAUCGAUCGGGAGGCGUUGGCUAUUUUCUACGGGGUCAACAAGUUCUAUAGCUACCUGGCGGGUCGACAUUUCACCCUGGUUACCGACCACAAGCCGCUGGUUGGAUUAUUCAGCACGAAAGGCGUUCCGGAGACAGCAGCUAGACGGCUCCAACGUUGGGCUGUAUUUUUGACAAGCUUCGACUACGAAAUACAACAUGUGAAAGGCGUAGACAACACUCCGGCUGAUUUUCUUUCCCGUUUUCCAUUGGCCGGUGCUGAAGAUGAAGCUGGAGACGAUAGCGAUUUUGCUGAGAACGGCGCAGCAUGCUUUCUGAACUUUCUGGAGAUGGAGACCCGUUCGCCAGUAGAACGAAAGCAGCUGGUGGUCGAGAGCCGCCGUGACAAGGUGGUGAGUCAUGUGGUUGAAUAUUUGAAAUCUGGUUGGCCAACAAACAUUCCUGACGAAGAGAUCAAAAAGUAUUAUUCCAAGCGUGAAGAACUCAGUGUUGAAGAAGGUGUUUUGCUAUGGGGAUACCGCAUCAUUGUACCAACCAAACUACGGAAGAGCAUCCUGAUGGAACUGCAUUCGGCCCACUUAGGAAUCGUCAAGAUGAAGUGCCUAGCUCGGUCCUAUUUCUGGUGGCCAUCUAUGGACAAGGAGAUUGAGGACAUCGGGAAGCGGUGCGAGAUGUGCAUGCAGCUGCGGCCGGAGCGAAACGAUCCUAUUUCGCCCUGGAAAUUGACGAAUUUUCCUGGCGAUCGAGUCCACACCGACCAUUUCCAGUUCAGAGGCGCGGAGUUCCUAGUCAUAGUAGACAGCUACACGUUUUCCUCGGACGAGUUUGAGAAGUACUGUUUGGACCGGGGAAUCCGACAUCUGCGUACGACACGGUACAGUCCGUGCUCCAAUGGGGCAGCUGAGAAUGCGGUAAAGACUGUUAAGGCGGCCCUAACGAAGCUUUCCUCGGAUCCAACCUCAAAGGGGAAGUCAACUGCUGUUCUUCUGUGGUCGUUUCUCGAGAAGUACCGUGCCACGAAACAUGCCACUACCAACGAAAGUCCGUUCAAGCUCAUGUUCGGUAGGGAGAUGCGGCUGAGGUUCGAUGCUCUGAAGAAAAAUCCUAGCAAGCAGCAACACGAAGACAACUCCAACCGAAGCCAGACCAAGGCUGUAACUUUCGAAGUAGGUGAAAUAGUCUACGCUAGAGAUUACCGUGACCCGAAGAAGCCUGCUUGGGUUCGAGCCACUGUGGUGAAGAAGCUUGGAGCUGUUUUGUAUGAAUGCGAUGCUGUGGGUCUGAAACGCAUCAAGCGAAGAAGCCAUCAACUGCUGAAGUAUCCUUACGACGAUUUUCAAGACGAGCACUACCAUGCUGCCAUCAAUAAUGAUGUAGAUGAAUCAUGCGAUAACUCGGUCUACGGGGAGGAUUUCGUCGAUCAAGAUGAAGAGUUUGAAGUGCCUCGGAUUGGUCAUCAUCAACCGGACGGAACAUAUGUGACCAGAUCUAAUCGAGCAACGCGCCAUGGAAAAUGCACGGAAAAGGUAGCACAGAACCAGUUGCGUGGCAUGCUCGAGAAAAGUCACAAAAAUUCUUCACUGUACGAUUCAGGUCUAAUUGUCGAUGUAAAUCACCCAGAGCUGGCUGCGUCACCUGACGGCAUUUUAAAGUUUUUAGAAUUUGGACACCACUACGGACACCAUCUACAUCACGAUGAAUAUCACCAUCCGUACCAUCAUCAUCAUCAUCCACACCACUACGAGCACCAUUAUCCGCAUCACUACGAGCAUCACUAUCCUCAUCAUCACUAUCCGCAUCAUUACCAUCAUCAUCAUCCGCAUCAUGAAAGUUACUUGCACUUUCCCAAUCACCAUGAACAUGCCGAAGGAGAAAUCGAAGUCCACGACGUGCAUCACCAUUAUUCUGUGCAUUAA